AUGUCCAGCUCCGACAAAUCCUCACGAAGCAGCAAAAACGCACUCAAACGCCUGACGCACGAGAUCCAAGACCUUCAAACCUCCCCACCAGACAGCGUGCUCCACCUGGGGCCCGCGAACGACGAAGAUCUAUUCCAGUGGGAAGCAGUGCUACGAGGACCGCACGACCCGUCAUCACCCUACCACGGCGGCCUGUGGCUGCUGUCCAUUUCCGUCCCGCCCAACUAUCCGCUCGCACCGCCCAAAGUCUCCUUCGUCACGCCCAUCUGCCAUCCGAACGUACAUUUCUCGACAGGGGAGAUCUGCUUGACACUGCUGUCCGGCGAGCACUGGACGGCCGCGUAUAACCUCAGCACUACCGUCAGCGCGAUCCAGCAGUUGCUGUCGGCACCGGGGCUGGAUAGUCCGCUGAAUGUCGAUAUUGCGAACCUGUACAGAGAGGGGGAUGCGAUUGGUGCCGAGGGGCUGGUGAGGUUCUGGACCGCUGAGAAGAGGUGGGCGGGUGAGGGGAAGGCUGGCUGGAUCAGUGAGCGUCGUCCUGGCACUGGUGGUAAGCUGGGGGAAUGA